GGCGUCAGCACUAAUCGGAUCAGUUUCUAGCCUUGUUGAUUAUUACCGGUUUCACCCUGCACGACCCCGCGCCCGUUUGUCGCGACAGCGCUAGCAGCGACCGGUAAUAACUUGAGUCCCCGAUCCCGACGCCGGAGGGCGAGAUGAAAGCGCUGGCCUCCCGAGCUGUCCGGACCUGCGAUCGCUUGUGGCAGCCCAAGCCGGCCCUCCUGCCCCCGGGGUGACGCACAGCCCCCAGCCGCCCAGACAGAUGGCCCCACGCCAAGGACCCCAUCAGCCCAUCGCCUGGAGGGAUGCCCACCCCUUCUUCCUCCUGUCACCACUGAUGGGCCUUCUCAGCUGGGCCUGGAGCCGGUUGAGGGGCCCAGGAGCUCCAGAGCUCUGGUUGGGGGAAACAAUAACAAGCGCAGAUCAGGGAGAAGCUAAGGCUUCUUUGGCUGUCCACUAUGCCCCCUGGGGCAGGCACCCUCAAGUGGAGACUAUUGAGGAGGAUGGAGAAGCAUCCUGGGGGGCCCACCCUGAUCUGAAAGCCAGCAAUUCUCUUCUUGAAGCCUGGGGACUUUCAGAUGAUGAUGAUGAUGAUGAUGAUGAUGAUGAUGAAGACUAUAGUAGGGAAAAAGCAACCAGUGUCCCUAGAGAGCAGGGAAGUGAAUAUAUAGAUGGCCAGCCUGCUUUCCUGUCCCCCAGCCUUCUGAGAAGAACCCUGCAAGGCCCUCCUGGGGAGGAAGAAUUUGAGGAAGGAGGAGUUGCUGAAGUUAAAGUGACCACGUUCUUCUCUGUUCCUCCAUCACACUGGGGGUGCCGUCCAGGGGUGGAAGAGGGGAAGGAGGAGGAGGAGGAUGGAGAAGCUAUAAAUAAAGAAGCUCCCAGAACAUCUACUUCCCCGUUAUCUCCAGGACCCAAGCCCAGAGACUGGGCGUAUUAUGCAAGGGAGGAAGAGGCUCGAGCCAAGGAGGAAGAAAGAAGAACAGAGAAUAAAGAAGCCAGGACGCCCUUCAUUUCUCUUUUCCCUGCAGGCUCCCACCCCAGCACCUGGAAGUGUUGUUCAGGAGAGGAGUCUGAGGAGUUGGAGGAUGGAAAGGCUGAGAAAGGAGAAGCUAGCCCAGGGCCACACUCAGUUCUAACCCAGAGGCCCCUGCUUAGGACCUGGCAAUAUCAACCCAGUAAGAUCACAGAGGAAGAAGAAGAGGAGGAUGAGGACAAUGUUUCAGGGGAAGCUAAGGGUUUCUCUUCCGACUCACACACAAGCACCUUCUUGAGGGCCUGGGUGUAUCAACCAGGAGAGGACACCGAGGAGGAAGAUGAGGACAGUGCUUCAGAGGCAGCUGAGGAGGAGGAAGAGACUGAGGGUCCCUCUUCUAUGCCACCCACAAGCACCUUCUUGAGGGCCUGGGUGUACCGACCAGGAGAGGACACCGAGGAGGAAGAUGAGGACAGUGCUUCAGAGGCAGCUGAGGAGGAGGAAGAGACUGAGGGUCCCUCUUCUGUCCCUCCCACAAGUGCCUUCUUGAGGGCCUGGGUGUAUCAACCAGGAGAGGACACAGAGGAGGAGGAGGAGGAGGAAAAUGAGGAUGAAAAAGAUGAUUCAGAAGCAGCUGACUCAGGGCCAAGUUCUUCCCUUCAGGCUCAGAGUGCCCUCCUCAGAGGCUGGACAUACCCAUCUGGAGAGAGGACAGAGGGAGGGGAAGCUGCUGAUGAGCGGGAAGAAGCUGAGCACCACCCCUUCCGAGUGACCAUCUAUUUACCUGGAGAGAAGCCACCACCUCCCUGGACUCCUCCUCGGCUGCCCCUCCGACUGCAAAGACGCCUCAAGUCCCUCAAGUCCGCAGAAACCCCCACCCAGCAUCUGGACCCUGAGACUCCCCAAAAGACCAGAAUGGUGCGCUUCUCUGAGAAGGUCUCCAUCCAUUACCUGGCUGUCUGGGCAGGACCUGCCCAGGCUGCCCGCCAGGGCCCCUGGGAGCAGCUUGCCCGAGAUCGCAGCCGCUUUGCCCGCCGAAUUGCCCAGGCCCAGGAGAAGCUGGGCCCCUGCCUCACCCCUGCAGCCCGGGCCAUGGCCUGGGUACGCCUCGGGAACCCUCCCCCUUCUCUGGCUGCCAUAUCUACCCCUACCCGGACUUUGCCCAUAUCCGCUGCCCAGGCCACGCCCUUGAGCCAUGCUGUGGCCUCUCCCUCCCCUCUUUAUGUGUCCCUGUCUCCUUGUCUGGACCUCAGCGGGAGGCGUGGCUAAGAUCAUGUGGUUUGCAUGUUAUUAACUAUUUAUUUAUUUUUACCAGUUGGUUUAAGAAAUAAAGCCUUUUGAUUUGUAGUGAGCAGUA